GGUAGCCAAUAUUUUGUAUCGAGUGGAAAUUGAUUGCGUUUGUUUUUAAACCGGGCUAACUCCCGGUCGUGAGCCAGGUGCCCCGUUCAAAGCCCACUGUGUAGUCGGCUCAAAAAAAACAUUAAGUUACGUAAUUAAGCAUUUGGAAAUUAGUUUGAUUCUGUGUUUUCACAUGCGAAAGUGAUUUAUUUUGAUAAAAACGCUUUAUCUGCCUUCCCAAUGAAGACUAGUUUGAAAAUGCUAAGAGAUGUUGUAUGAUUCUGGACGAGCCACCGUGCUGCCUUGUGGACAACAUGACCGAGUGGCGCAGAUUACUGUUCUAUUCGAAAAGUGCGCUCCUCCCUCACCGCUUUUGCCCAUUCAUGUGACGGCCCAGAGACCGGUGCCCCACGGUUCAGCAUAAUCGAAUCCAUCCAUUGGUCCCUUCCGCCCCAUGUCAUUUGAUUGGUGAAGUAGUUUGCACUGCAGUCACCGCAAGGAGUGUAGCAACGUGAACUGUCAGACACAGAUGGUGCACUUGACAUGGAGAGGUAUCGUGACUGGUAGUGACACCAGCAACCCCCAUCAGCUUGGUCAGCCAUGAGAGCUGCUAUCUGAGGACUUACGCCACCACCACUAUGAAGGUCCCUGCCAACCUCAAUAUUUCCUAUGGGGACAUGGAUCCCCCUGACGCCCCUCCCACCAUGUCCAUUGACAAGCUCUUCCCAGCACUCCUGGAGUGCUUUGGGAUCAUCUUGUGUGGCUACAUUGCUGGUCGAGCAAACAUCAUCACAUCCACACAGGCCAAAGGAUUGGGGAACUUUGUGUCCAAGUUUGCCCUCCCAGCAUUGCUCUUUAAGAACAUGGUACUGUUGGACUUUGGCAAUGUCAUUUGGCCAUUUCUGUGGAGUAUUCUCAUCGCCAAAGUGUCUGUGUUUUUCAUUGUGUGUGUGAUUACACUACUGGUUGCCAGUCCCGACACUCGCUUCAGCAAAGCUGGUCUCUUCUCAAUCUUUGCUACUCAAAGCAAUGACUUUGCUUUGGGAUAUCCUAUUGUUGAGGCCUUGUAUAAGAACACCCACCCGGAGUACCUACAGUACAUCUACCUGGUGGCCCCAGUGUCUCUCAUGCUUCUCAACCCAAUUGGCUUUGUCUUCUGUGAGAUCCAGAAGUGGAGGGACCAGAGAGACCGGCAGCAGAACAAACUCCAAAUAGUGGGUGUGGUCAUCCUUCAAGUUCUGAAGAACCCCAUCGUCUUCAUGGUUGUUAUUGGCAUCAUCUUCCACUUCAUCCUGGCCCAGAAGAUCCCUGCUUUCAUGGAGCAGUUUGUGGACGGCCUGGCCAACUCUUUUGGAGGAGCGGCUCUGUUCUACUUGGGCCUCUCCAUGGUGGGCCAGUUGGGAAAGCUCACCAGGUCUACUGUUGUAGCCCUGAUCCUGCUCAUCACUGCAAAACUGUUGGUGAUGCCGUUGAUCUGUCGAGAAAUGGUGGAGCUACUGUAUGCCGACCACACCAACUCUGGUCUCAACCAAUCCAGUCUCUCCAACUAUGCCUUCCUCUAUGGAGUCUUCCCUACCGCCCCCAGUGUGGCCAUCUAUGCUGCUCACUAUAACAUGGAGCUACAAGUUGUUACCUCGGGGAUGGUACUAAGCACAUUCCUCUCAGCUCCCAUAAUGUAUGUUUCUGCUUGGUUGCUGACAAUACCAUGGAUGGACCCCAAACCAUUGAUGGAUUCACUGCAGAAUGUCAGCUUUAAUGUCAGCAUCAUCAGCUUAGUUACACUGGUUUGGACCGUGACUGUCAUGUUCCUGAGUAAGAAAUUCAAGAGACUACCUCACAUGUUCACCCUCAACCUGUUCCUGGCACAGAUUCUAGCUUGUGUCGGCAUGAUCCUGUGGAACUUUGUCGUGCGCCAAGACAGCUUCAUUGGACACGUGUUGACGUUCACACUGUUGUACGGCUCACUGUACAGUACUUACGUGUGGCCAGGUCUGAUAGCGUUUUCCCUUGUGCUGAUGAAGAGGGGUGGUGAGCUGAAGGUUGCGCCAGGCUUCCUGGUGAUUGCAGGCUGGGGAGUCCCAGGCCUUGUGGCAGCAGUGCUCCUCAUAACUGGGAAGAGGAUGCCUGACACCAUCGACUCUGCGUUCUUCUACGGGACACCCCAGAACAUCUGCACCUCAGUUGUGCUUGCCUUCAGCAUAGUGCUGAGUGGGGGCUCAUUGAUGGGCCUCAGUCGAGGCACAUGGGAUUCGAAGUACCAGGUCCUGGAGAGAGACUCUCUGUUGGGCACUACUGAGGAUCUGAGGCCCCAGAGUUGCCCUGAUACCCAAACUAUCCCAGAUAUGUUGGAGCCAGGCAGAGCCAGAAGCAUCAACCAAGAGUGCCAUAUGUGUGACUGUGCUCCGUCCCAGCCCAUGCCUGAUAUGAUUGUCAGCACAAACAAAAAUGACGCGCUUCUCAUCGAGCCAGGUCAGUGUGGGACUGGCUGUGAGUCCACAGGCUGUCUACUGGCCCAGGAGGAGCAGCAGAGGCAGCUAGCAGACAGACAGGUGGCCCGCCACGUGCUCCUAUGCCUGCUACUAACCGUCAGCCUGUUAGCUAACCUGUCCAGCUGCCUGUGGUGGCUGUUUAAUCGAGUUCCUGGGAGACUCUACUUAGAGCUGCAGUUCUUCUGUGCUGUGGUCAACUAUGGACAGGGCUUCAUCUCAUUUGGGAUUUUUGGUCUGGACAAACAUCUGAUAAUACUGCCAUUUAAAAAGAGGAUGUCCAGUCUGUGGCAUAGUAUGAAACCAGAGGAGCAGCCUCAACUGGUUGUGUCUGACGACAUCAUGAUGACCUGCACUCAAUUCACCAAAUACCACAAAGAGCAGUGUGUCCGGGACAUUGUCCAGAAGAAGAGGUGUGGGGAGAGGAUGGUGGCGGACACUUUUCUUGGCAGUGAGCUGGUGGAGUGGCUGUUGCAGGUGGGUCUGUCACAGGACCGAGGAGAGGCGCUGCUCUACGGUGGCCGACUGCAGCAGGGUGGGGUUCUCCAGCACAUCACCCAGGAGUACGGCUUCCAAGAUGACGAGCUGUACUACCGCUUCACAGCGUAAGGUGGGCCCUGGGCAGGCCCCGUCUCAAGGGCUCUCCUGAGGCACAGGAUGACGGAGGUCGGCUACCUACCUACCAAACCUGAAACCAGGUUUCUACCUACUUAGCAGUAAUAACCAAUAGAGGUGAAUUGAAGAGUGCUGCUUUUUGAAAUACUCAUACUGUUUUGCACAUGGGAAAUAUGCAGUCAUAACAAGCAUUGAGCACUUGUUUGUUUUUUUUCUUUUGAACUGUCCGUUGUAAUAUGUUUGUGUGGUACCGUAUGCAUAACGAGAUUUAAGUUUGCCAAGGAGACAGAUCUAAUAAUGAAUAAUCUUGCAAAAUGAUGUUUGUCAAAUAUCUUGCAUUAUCAUCUCAAGUUGUACAGACUAGCUUGUAUAACCUUGACACUCGUAUACCAUGAGGCUGAUUGAACAUGUUUUUUUAUUUAGUUCGAAUGACAAGAAUGGUGUUUGUCAAUGUGACUUCAGGUAUUAAAAAUAGAAUAAUGUAAUGUUGCUGUGUAUUCUAAAUAUCCUUAAUUUGGCCAUUGUUUAGAACUUGAAAAUAGGAUACGGCAGCUAGAUAUAUUUUGAAUCAUGUAGAUAGAACGGUGUCAAAUGUUUAUGGAUGCAGACUUGUCUGCUGAGGCAUAAUUGUGGUUUUGGUUUUGACUUAUUUGAAUGAUUCUUGGCCAGGAAAUAUACAUUUCUGAUCAGCUAUCUUUUGGGAUUUCUAAAUACACAAUUACAUUUCAGUUUGUUGGGAGAAAAGGAGGACAAUACCAAAUGUGCCAGAUUAAAUGUCAUCUGUAUUAUGUGUUAUUUUGGAGCGAUGUUACCUUGUCCUUUUAAUGGGUUUGUGCUUUUUACUGUUGCUAAUAAGGUAAUUGAGCCAUGUAUUCACCUUGUUUGGCAUUAUGAAUGUUUGAAUGAUGGUUUGUCAAUGUAUAUAUUUUUUUUUCCCAUGUCACUUGACUGAGAAUAUACGGUGUCAUGUACUUUGAAGCCAACUAAUACUGCAUGUUCCUCUGAUUCCCAGCCUGUUAUGAAAGAAAAAAACAACUAUUGCACCUCUGGUUUAAAACAGAACUGGUGGAUACAUGUUGUGGUAAGAUGUGGCUCUAUCUUUAGGCCUUUUCAGGGGGUUUCCAGAUGCCUGCCGGCAGAGGUGUAAUAACGUGAAUUUGUCCUGUUCUUUUACUUCAAAUAAGCCUAUGUUAAUCACUCAGUAAACAGCUCAAAUGUCAAACUAAAGGCAGCUCUCUCCUCAACUGCUCUAGUAUUACUGUUUGGUUGAAUAUAAUACUUGUUAUAAAAUAUAAAACAAGGAUUUUAAAGAAAAUGACAGGCUGUAACCAUGACCCAGAUGUAUUAAUACUUUUUACUGAUGAGCAGCAAUUUGUGAAACUACCAUUUACUGUUACAAUGUAGUGAAAUUACUGCAUGCUGGGGUUUGAUCUUGAAACAACCCCUUGUCAUUCCAAUAUGAAAGAUCCCACUAAAUGUUACUGUACACGCUCAGUUCUUCCUGGAUUGAGUUCGAAAACAGGUGCACAACUGAAGUCGGGUCUUUAAUACCACUUAAUAAAAGUUUCUCCAUCUCAGCCAUCUUCUCCUUUUCUAACACUCUCAUAUUCUGCGUGAUCUUCUUUCCUUUGUCCUAAAAAAUAAAAUGCUAAAUUUAA